AAGGAAGAUCAUUACUUUCACUAUAGACUGCUAAAGGCCUGCACUGAGAGCAACACUGUAACCACUCCUAGCUUAAAAAUGAAGCUGUUUUCUUUUUUUGUGAUCUGCAUUCUGUCGAUCUGUGCCCAGGCGAAAACAUCCUUACCUAAAGUCCAGGUGUACAGUUAUCGCCCUGGUGAGUUUGACAAGGACAAUUACCUGAUCUGCUAUGUGAGUGGUUUCCAUCCUCCGGACAUCAGCAUUGAUCUUCUGAUGGAUGGAGUGGAGAUUCCUGAAGCCCAACAGUCAGACUUGGCCUUCAACAAGGACUGGAUGUUCCAUCUCAUCAAGAGUGCACCUUUUAAACCCCAGAAGGGCAAAGAGUACUCAUGCAGAGUCAGGCACAUGCAACAAACCCACACCUUUGUCUGGGAACAUGACAUGUAAACGUGAACAUGGAUGACAGAUGGUGAAUGUUUAGGAUACUGAUCUGUGAGCUCCGCUGAAAUGGGACUCAAGCACUGCAAGGUUAUAACAGACUGGAUGUGGAGACUGGUGUUACGGAGAGUUGCAU